AGUUUAUUAUGGUUAUAGCUUUCGAUUUGAAACGUGUGUUUCUUGUAUCUAGAUUAAUAAUUCAGUAAUAAAUGUUAGUUGUUUCAAUAACAUUUCCGGAUACUCAUCUUUAUUGAUCAACCGAAAACAAUGGACCAAGAUCAAAAAAACGACGUGAAUGGCAUGUGCCAAAAUUCAAUCACAACUCAAAAGAGUGUGACUAGACGUUUUACAAUAGUUUUCGAAGGAAGAAGAGACACCUACGAAUAUCAAAUGUACCCAGAGACGUCUGCGAUUGAACAGAGCUCGACAAAACAACCCGAUACCAUCGAAAUACGAAAAGACCACGAAUGUGACGUGUGUCAAGAAGCAUUUAGAACUAAUCAGUAUUUGACAAAACACAAAAAAUUAGUUCACGAAGUGCAAAAAGACUACGUAUGCGACGUGUGCUCAAAAGCGUUUUUAACUAAUUGGAACUUAAAAAAUCACCACAAAACCAUUCAUGAAGGACGAAAAGACUUUGUAUGCGACGUGUGUCAAAAAACAUUUGCAAGAAAUCACAGCUUACAGACCCAUCACAAAACUGUUCACGAAGGACGAAAAGAUCACAUUUGCGACAUAUGCCAACAAGCGUUUACAUCAAAACAGCACUUAGAAACUCAUCGCAAAAGUGUUCACGAAGGACGAAAAGACUACAUAUGUGAUGUGUGUCAAAAAGCAUUUUCACAAAAAAUCCAUUUGACGAGACACCAAAAAUUAGUUCACGAAGGACGAAAAGACUACAUAUGUGAUGUGUGUCAAAAAGCAUUUGCAAGAAAUCACAGCUUACAGACCCAUCACAAAACUGUUCACGAAGGACGAAAAGACUACAUAUGUGAUGUGUGUCAAAAAGGGUUUACAAUAAAGAGCAGCUUAACACGUCAUCGUAGAGUAGUUCACGAAAAACAAAGAGAUCACAUUUGCGACGUAUGUCAAAAAGCAUUUCGAAGUAAACAUAAUUUGACAGAUCAUAAAAAAAGAGUCCACGAAGGACGAAAAAAUCACGUGUGCGACGUGUGCCAAAAAGUAUUUUUACAAUUAUGCAAUUUGACGGAUCACCAAAGAUCAGUUCAUACAGGAAAAGACUACGUAUGCGACAUUUGUCCAAAAGAGUUUACAUCAAAACAGAAUUUAUCACUUCAUGUCAGAUUAUUUCACGAAGUACGAAAAGACUACAUAUGCGUCGUGUGUCAAAAAGCGCUUACAACAAGUCAGGACUUAACAUUUCAUCUCAGAACAGUUCACGAAGGAAAAAAAGACUACGUAUGCCUCGCUUGCCGAAAGACGUUCGAUACGAAAUAUAUUUUCGAGGCUCAUCGAUUAUUACACCACACAAGCUAAAGGGACAAGGUGUAACUUGUGUCAGAAAUCAUUUACCUAACAUCCUAUAGGUAUAGGCUUCAGGUCCGAACUAAGAUGUUUCAAAGCGUUUGAAGAGAAAAGUAAUGUCUAAAAAUAAUACGUAAACUAUUUUAACACAAAAUUACCAAUAAAUUAACAUAUCG